AUUAUAUUAUAUAAUUCUUCAAAUAAAACAACCUUAGCUUUUUUUUUUUUUUUUUGUUUUCAUUGUACUGAGAUCAGAGAAGAUGAAUAAUAGGCCAGGAGACUGGAACUGCCGGUCAUGUCAGCACUUGAACUUCCAAAGGAGAGACAGCUGCCAGAGGUGUGGAGAGCCGAGACCCGGCGGCGAUAGGGGUGGCGACUAUGGGAGCUUCGGCGGCGGCGGCUCUUCCUUUGGAGGGCUCACCGGCCCCGAUGUCCGUCCCGGCGACUGGUACUGCGCCGUCGGCCAUUGCGGUGCCCACAACUUCGCCAGCCGCUCCAGCUGCUUCAAGUGCGGCGCUUUCAAGGAUGACUCCUCCGCCGCCGGCUUCGACGCCGACCACGUCUCCAGGCCCCGACCCGGUGGCGGCUACGGCUUCGGCAGCGGAAGUGGCGCUGGCAGCCGCACCGGUUGGAAGUCCGGCGACUGGAUUUGUACUAGGUCCGGGUGCAACGAGCACAACUUUGCUAGCCGGAUGGAGUGUUUCCGAUGCAGUGCGCCCCGGGACUCCGGCAACAAGUAUUCUUACUGAAUUCAACGUCGAUUCUCCAUUUUUGGGUUUCACAGUCUAAGAGAGAAUCAAGAAAGACGAUCCAGUCAAGAAGAUAGUAUCGAAGCUCAUGCUUUUUUGCCACUAUCAUCCACCAACUUUGUUUUUCUUUUUUCUUUUUUUUUUUGUCCGCUAUAUUUUUAUUUUUAUUUUCUAGGCAGCAUUUAGAUUAAAUUAUCUCAAGAAAAAAAAAAUUAUGUUCGUGUGAGGAGUUGGACUCUUCAUUUUGUGAGCUUUAGUAAUGUUAGACAUAGCCUUGUACUUCGAUCUGCUUGUUUCAAUCUAUUUAAUAUCAAUGUGUGUUAUUAUGGAUAUAUAAAUCGAGUUUAAUAUAA